AUGUUUUGCCGGAAUCAAACAGCCAGAGCCACCGUCGCCCGCGGCUCUGCCCUUGAAAUGGAGAUACGGCGAGGGAAGUUCAGAAAGAGCGUUUUCCUGGAAACAUCACAGGACAGUGACAUUCAGAAGAAGAUUGACCACGAGAUCCGGAUGCGCGAUGGAGCCUGCAAGCUGCUGGCGGCCUGCUCGCAGAGAGACCAGGCUCUGGAGGCGGCCAAGAGCCUGCAGACUUGCAGCACUCGCAUCAUGGCCUACAUGUCGGAGCUGCAGAAGAUGAAGGAGGCUCAGGUCAUGCAGAAGGUCACGCGCCGAUCGUCGGACGCGGGGCCGAUGGACGACAGACUCCCCUGUAAAGGAAAAGUGGCGAUCUCUGAUCUUCGAAUCCCCCUCAUGUGGAAAGACACAGAGUACUUCAAGAACAAAGGAGAGCUCCAUCGGUGUGCAGUUUUCUGCCUGCUGCAGCUCGGAGGAGAGAUUUUCGACACGGACAUGGUGAUAGUCGAUCGGACACUCACUGAUAUUUGCUUUGACAACGCCAUCGUCUUUAAUGAAGCCGGGCCAGGCUUUGAGCUGCGUGUCGAGCUGUAUAGCUGUUGUUCAGAGGACGACUACUCUGCAGGGAGCACGCCCAGGAAACUGGCCAGCAAGCUGAGCUCGUCGCUGGGCCGGUCCGCUGGGAAAAAGCUCCGUGCGGCCAUGGAGCCCGGGCCCUGCAGUCCCGUCAGCAACGGAGGGGCAGCCCCUCUCCUGCUGCCAGUUCCCUCCGUCCCAGGCCCCAAGUACCACCUCUUAGCUCACACCACCCUGACGCUGUCGCACGUCCAGGACAGCUUUCGCACGCAUGACCUCACCAUCUCAGGCAACGAGGAGUGUUCGUACUGGCUGCCUCUCUAUGGCAGUGUGUGUUGCCGCCUCGCAGCUCAGCCCCACUGUAUGACCCAACAGAUGAUGAGUGGAUGUUUGAAAGUUAAGCAGUGUGGAGGUGACCCUCAGAGUUGGACAAAAGUCUAUGCCAUCCUCAAAGGUACAAGCCUUUCCUGUUAUCACCAACAAGAAGAUGUGGAUGCCAGCGUUCAGCCAGCUUUCACCAUUGGCAUCAACAAGGAGACCAGGAUACGUGCAUCCGAAAAGGACCCUCACAGUAAAGUUCAGAAUAUCUGUAUCAGCAAUCAGUACGGCGGAGAGGAGGUCACUCACACGCUGACCACGGACAGCCGGGAGGACACUCACCGCUGGAUGGAGGCGUUCUGGCAACAUUUCUAUGACAUGAGCCAGUGGAAGCACUGCUGUGACGACUUAAUGAAAAUUGAACUUCCUUCGCCGAGGAAACCGGCUCCUGCCACGCCGAAGCAGGGAUCCCUUUACCACGAGAUGGUUAUUGAGUCGUCUGAUGACCUGAGCAGCACUGUGUCGGACAUCCUGGCUCGGAGGAUGCAGGAGCUGGAGCUCCGCAGCCAGCUGGGCACCUCUCCCACCUGGAUGUCUGUGUUUGAGGAGAACAGUACCAAAAGCGCCGGCCGCCCUCGUCACUGUACCUCUCGGCCGUGUGGUCACAGCCCCUGCACCCCUCCCCGACUGCCCCGCAGCCCCGCCAGCCCUCGCCGAUGCCCCCAGUUGGGUCUGCUGUCCUCGGACGCCAGCCUGACCUCGGACAGCGACAGCCACUGCAGCACCAGUCCCUGCUCGCACCGCCACGGCUGGCCCGAGCCGGCCUCAAACUUCUCCCUGCUCUCGUCCUCGCCGUCCCGCCUGAGGCCACGCACUCUCUCGCUGGACGCCAAGCUCAGCACCCUCCGGGGGAGGAGUUACGGAGGAGGGACCUUCCAGUGCUCCUGCCAGCCUCCCGCUCCGUCGCUGCUCGCCCCUCUCCCCAUCGCGUCUCGCUCGCAGCACAGCACGCAAACCACGCUCUCCUGCUCCAGCUCCACCUCCAGCAGCAGCUCCAGCAACAGCGAGGGCAGCCACAGCCCCGAGUCGUCCGAGGGGGCCCCCUUCUCCAGACCCUCCCCGGCUCGACGCAGCCUCAGGAACCUCAGGGCCAGACUCGAUCCUCGCAACUGGCUUCAAAGUCAGGUGUGAGCGCGCUUCCUCACAGACGGUUUCUGCUCGCCCGAAGGCAGCGGCGCUCAUUAAACCACGGUUUAACUGGCUUAACACACACGAACCCAACUCAGCCAAUCUGCUGGGCCUCAUGAGAAAACCCGGCGGGGGUGCCUGUAGCCCGCCUCUGGUGGAGAGUGAACAUGGAAGACCCUCCUGGGGGCAAAACUGGAAUGUCUUUUACCACACAAGGAAAGGUGACAAUCACUGCAGGAGUCUGCAAUUCUUUUUUUUUUAGGUUGCCACAGAUUUGAAGAUGGUUUCAGACCAUAUGGGAGGUACUCUGCUCACGUUGAGAAAUUACGGUUCAUGCUGCUUGGGAGAAAAUAGCGCUUUGAGCUAUUGUCAUGUUCAGACACACAUGGUCUACUCUGUGCAUCAACGUUUCAAACUGGAAAAGGGUUUUUUCUUCUUCUUCUUCUUUUCCCAUCUGCGUCAGGUCUCUCUACCACUCAAACAUUGUUCUCUGGUCAUCUCUGUUAAUGCACUAGCCGUAGUCUGACUGGAUGUUUCAUGUUAUUAUAUGCUAAAGGUUUGCAGUGUUAAUGCUAUGGAGGCCAGUAAGCAUGAGGGCAAAAUGAACAUUCAAGAAGAGCUGUUUGUGGCCUGUACUGUGACAACCGUUUCAGUGUAUUUACCCCAUCACUGACAUAAGACUUGAUCUUUAUGGGUCUCCUAAAACAACUAUGCACCGUUGUGUUUUUAUGCAUGAUUUGACUUACAGUUAAAUUGUUUUAACUACUCGAGAUCAUUUUGACAUUGAAACCGGUGAAUGCUCGGCCUAAUGCAGUCGUUCACACUGACGGUAUUGGUGGUGACUGUGAUCUUUUCAGGGUGAAACAUCAGCUUUAGUCUUUACCCUCACUUGUACACACGUAUAUACACACACACACACACACACACACACACACACACACACACACACACACACACA